AUGCGCUCCAAGACCCUAAAGAAGAGCUUGGCUGCAAUGUACAUGCGCCCCCCCGUCACAUGUUACACAGACGCCUGUGAAGCACCGGUAGCAAUGUGGGAUGGUGCAAUUCCCCUGAAGGAAACACGUAAGUUAAAGAACGGUGUUCCCGUCCGAACCGUUAGCCGGACGUACUCGCAUCCGCCGCAGCUCACCCCAACGCAGCUUAGCUUUAACGACAUUAACUCGAUGUACUGUGUAGGUAACGACGAGUUGAUACAAUUUUUUCCAGAAGGUUUAGGAGGAAGAGUAUUUCAGACGAUGCCCCCUGGGCACCCGAGGGGGUUCUUGUAUCGUAAGGAAACGCACCUGCUUAAUUUGUUUGUUGACAAAGUACAGCAUUGGCAUACCAAACGUUCUGUGCUUAGUUCUUUGACGAACGGCAGAACAGGGUUUAUCGUCGACGGACCAACCGGAUGCGGAAAGAGUGCACUGAUGUGUCAAGUGGUGCACUUCGCUCGAAGUAGAAAUAUCGUGACGCUGUAUGUUCCAGAUGCGAAAGCUUGGACUCACGGAGAGUGGUGUUGGCCAAGCACUAUUUUACCCGGAUUUUUUGAUGCUCCGGAUGCUGCACGCUCCUUCUUGAAGUACUUUGCCGUCGCCAAUCGUGCAACACUAACCUCAUGGAAAUUGAGAUGCACUCCGAAGGACCUGCCUACCGAACAAGGGGAACGGCAACCACAAAACCUCUAUGAGUUGUGCGAGUGGGGACACCGAGCCGUGGCCCCGGCCUCAAUUGAUCGCCAAAGUGUGUGUGUUAAAUUUCUCAUGGACGAAUUGAGUGAAGAAAAGAAGCUUCCAGUUGUUAUUGUUGUGGACGGCUGGAACCUCUUUUCGCACGAGACGCACUUCCGGUAUCCGCACCCAGACUUUCUUCGUGGUUUGGCUUCUUUUAACGAAAGUUCAACUGAUAUUGACCUUUACCCGCAAGAGCUUCCGCGCAUCCCCGCCUCGCGGCUCAGUUUCGUUCGUGGGUUAAAUAAAAUGAUCCUCUCCGGUGACGACCCUAACAAAUUCUUCAUUACGUGCACAACAAGGGACUUUAAGCCGUUUGAUGGAAUUAGCGGGUUUCCGAACGUUGAAACGGACCGUUUCGCUAAUAGUUUGGAUGAGUACGCACCGUAUGACCCGGAGAAGGAUUCACACUUUCAUCCGAUUCAAAUCGGCAACUUUGACGAGUACGAGUAUCGAUCGUUUCUUCGUUUUCUUAUUAAUUCUGGUGAGCUAGCCGGUCUUGGCUGGGGACCGUUGUGGCAUGCCUCAAGUGACUUCGAGCGAAAAUUAUACAAGAUUGGGUUCCUCUCAGGACGGAACCCACAGGGUGUGGUGGAUCACUACCAUCAGGAGCUCGUGUGGCGCUACGAUUACCAAAGGACACGCCAGAAACAGUAUCUACUGAAACGUAGGAUGGAAGGAAUGUCACGCGGUGCGUCUAGCGGUGCCGUGGGGGUAAUGUAG